AUGCGUCUCCUUACCCUUCUAGCCGCGGCCCUCGCCGGCACCGCGCACGCCCUGCCCGCGUCUCUGCUGCUCCAGGCCCGCGGCGAUGCCCCUACCCUUCCCAGCAAAGACUCCUUCUACUUCCCGCAGGGCGACCUCUCCAAGUCGGCGCCGGGCACCAUCCUCUCCCAGCGCGCUCCACCCGCCGCCGUCGCCGCCUUUGGCAUCGUGCCCGCCAAGCUCAACUACACGCAGCAGCUGCUGUACCGCACGAGCGAUAAUCACGGCAACGCCAUCGCGACGGUGGCGACGGUGCUGGUCCCGCACAACGCCGACCUCGGCAAGCUGCUGUCGUACCAGAUUGCCAUCGACGCCGCGUCAAUUGACUGCGCGCCGUCGUACGCGCUGCAGGAGGACUCGGACCGGGGCGCCCUGGCCGGCACGCUGCUCUCGCAGGCCGAGUUCCUGCUCAUCGAGGCCGCGCUGGAGCAGGGGUGGGUGGUCGUGGUGCCCGACUUCCAGGGCCCGCAGUCGUCGUACCUCGCCAACAAGCUCGCGGGGUACGCGACGCUCGACGGUAUCCGCGCCGCGCUGGCGUCGACGGCGUCGACGGGCAUCAUGAGCGACGCCACGGUGACCAUGUGGGGGUACUCGGGCGGCAGCCUGGCGAGCCAGUGGGCGGCGGAGCUGCAGCCGGCGUACGCGCCGGAGCUCAAGAUUGCCGGCGCGGCGGUCGGCGGCACGGUGCCCAACGUGGCCAACGUCAUCAAGGCCAUCAACGGGCAGCCGCUCGCGGGCUUCAUCCCGACGGGCGUGCUGGGCCUGGCGUCGCAGUACCCGGCGGCCGGGCCGCUCGUCGACGCGGCGCUCAAGCCCGAGUCGAAAGCGCUCUUUUACUCGCCGCUGAAGCAGUGCCUGACGGCCAACGCGGCGGCCUUUCUGUUCAAGGACGUGCUGGGCAUGUUUACCGACCGCAACUUUUUGCUGACGAAUGAGGUGCUGGUGGGCAUCACAGAGGAAAACAGCCUGGUGGGCAAGACGACGCCGACGAUUCCGCUCUUCUGGUACAAGUCGGCCAUGGACGAGGUCAGCCCCGUGGCCGACUCGGACAAGCUGGUGGACACGUACUGCGCCGCGGGGGCGUCGGUCGAGUACGUGCGCGACGUGCUGUCGAACCACGGCGCGUACGCGGUGAUUGGCGCGCCGCUGGCGUUUUCGUGGCUGAAAGGGGUCAUGGAGGGCGGCCAGGGCGUGCCAAAGACGGGGUGCAGCAGGAAGACGCAGCUGUCGGGGGUGCUGGACAAGUCGCAGUUUGAGGUGCUGCCGAAGCUGGUGGCGGACACGCUGCUGGAUCUGCUGGGCAAGAAUGUCGGGCCGAUCUAG